AUGGCUGAUCUUCCACCAUCAAGAGUAAAUCCGAGCAGAGCCUUUCUUCAUGUAGGAAUUGAUUUUGCUGGUCCUUUCCCCAUGAGAGAAUCUCAACGAAGAAAAGCGGCAGUCCCUAAAGCCUACCUUUGUGUCUUUGUAUGUAUGGCUACCAAAGCCGUUCAUUUGGAAAUCGUCAGUGCGCUGAGUACAGAUGCAUUUCUGGCUGCUCUCAAUAGAUUUAUUGGUCGCAGAGGACUCCCCGAACAUUGUUACUCAGACUGUGGCACAAAUUUUCAGGGAGCUGCUAACAAGUUGAGAGAGUUUGGGUCUUGGUAUCGCGAACAGUCAACUCAAGAGGACAUACUUCAUCAAGCAACCAAAUUUGAAAUAAAGUGGAACUUUAAUCCUCCUUCAGCACCCCACUUCGGAGGUCUCUGGGAAGCUGCCGUGAAGUCAGCGAAGACACUUCUCCGAAGAGUGGCAGGUGACACACCACUCACAUAUGAGGAGCUCACAACUUGGUUUGUCAGAAUUGAAGCUGUUUUAAACUCCAGACCUUUAUGUCCGUUGUCUUCAUCUCCUGAAGAAACUGAGUUCCUAUCACCUGGCCAUUUUUUGAUUGGGACAUCACUCCUUGCCACCCCUGAACCGUCACUUUUAGAUACUAAAGUAUCAUCUUUAUCUCGUUGGCAAUUGCUGCUAAGAAUGACUCAACACUUUUGGCAAAGAUGGAGGGUUGAAUACCUUACGUUCCUACAAAAGAGGAACAAAUGGACCAAGAACUAUGAGAAUGCAAAAGUAGGCGAUCUUGUCUUGCUAAAAGAGCCAAAUGCCCCUGUUCUUCAAUGGCCUUUGGCGAGAAUUACACACGUGCACCCAGGUGAAGACGGUAUUGUCAGAGUUUUGACAGUAAAGUGUGGACGUUCUGAGUUGAGAAGACCUGCAGUCAAAGUUGUUCCUCUUCUUCCCCUCCAUACCAGUCACUUAGAUUAA